CAUGCUCACAGCCAUGCAACCCAUUGCUUCAGGCCCGUUCAAGUACAGAGACGAUGAAGUUUGUGGCUCUUGUUUCGGGUGGCAAGGACUCUGUGUAUUCGAUUCUGGAAUGUUGUCGGUUAGGUCAUGAACUGCUAGCGUGUGUCCAUUUGGGCGCUCCGCCAGAACAAGAGGAAGAAUCGUACAUGUACCAAUCUGCCGCUUCGGAAGCCUUGACAACUCUGGUCGAAGAAUGCUUGGGAGUUCCCUUGAUUCACUACCGUCGUGUGGGUAAAUCACUCCAGACAGAUCUGGUCUAUCAGCAAGUCCAAGAAGGCGAUGAAGUGGAAGAUUUGUUUCAAGCGCUGACACUAGCGAAAGAGAAAUUUCCAACCGUCCAGGCCGUUUCCUCGGGUGCCAUUUUGUCUACCUAUCAACGAACGCGCAUUGAACACGUGUGCAGUCGACUCUCCCUGACGUCCUUGUCGUAUCUGUGGAGAGCCGCGCCACAGCACGAUUUGUUGGAUCGCAUGAUCAAAGAUGGCAUUACGGCCGUCUUGGUCCGAGCCGCCUGUCCGCCUGGACUCAAACCGCACAAGCAUCUCAACAAGACGUUGCAAGAAUUACAACCUUUAUUCUUGAGACUCAAUCAACUCUAUCAAUUUCAUGUGUGUGGAGAAGGAGGAGAAUACGAGUCUCUCGUCCUGGAUUGUCCACUCUACAAGAAACGGCUCGUAUUGGAUCUAGUAGAAGUCGUGGAGCUAGAAGGAGACGAAGGAGUGGGAGUCCUACGGAUACUCCAGUGUCAUGCCGAAGAAAAAGACAAUGGAGACUCGGUGGCGUCCAUCAUGACAACUACAGAAAAAGAACAAGUGCCAAAGGAAUCCAAACCAAUUCCCGUAAUACCUUCAGGUCCACACAGCAGCACUACAAUCGGCACUCCUACAAUUCGCCCACGCUAUUUGCCAAGAGUCAGGUUUCUAGGUGGAAGCCUUUGGCAUGUCUCGGAAAUCAUGGUACCCAUUACUCCCACCACAACUACAUCCACCACGGAAGUCGACUUGGCCGUUUGGGAGGCCAAAAUGGUGCUGGAGAUACUGGAUACUCUCUUGAAACGACAUGGCUGCACUCCCCUCGACGUGAUGUUUGUUCAUCUCUACUUGUCCGAAAUAUCCCACUUUGCCAGCAUCAACACACAUUAUCGACAAUUCUUUGGCACGCUCCUGCCACCCUCACGAAGUUGCGUCGCCAUUGGACGGAACGUCCUGCCCGGUGGUCGUCGUGUUUUCUUGGAUUGUUUGGUGCAAUGUGGCAGUGGCGCGUUCUUGAGAACACCGUCGUCGUCCUCUUUUCCGGCAUUGCGACAAGUAUUGCACGUGCAAUCCAUUUCUCGAUGGGCUCCCGUCUGUGUCGGACCCUACAGUCAAGUCAAUACGCUCCGAGAGGUCCUGCACUUUUGCGCCGGACAAAUCGGGUUGCAACCCGCCACCAUGACAUUGCACCCGCAAUGGAGCGACCAGUUGCAUCAGUGCUGGACCAAUGUGGCGUCGGUCUUGGAUGCCCUCGGGGGUUGUUCCUUGGACCACCUCUUGUCCACGGUCGUCUAUGUGGCCGAUGGGGUCUAUUAUAAUAAUAGUGCUACUGCCAGUGGUGGUGAUUCCAACGAGAGUAGCCAAGAGAAGCAACAUGCUAUUUAUCAAAUAGAGGACAUCUGCCGGUAUCAAAUGAAGCGCAAUGGAGGCAUUGUGACUGGGAAAGUUGAUUCCCCAAUAGCAGAACCUCCCGAUAAUGAUGAUGAUGAUGAAGAAGACACGGAUGGAAACGAACAUAACACAACAAAACUGAACUGCCCGCUUCUUGUGGUUUCUAUCCCCGAGAUGCCCGUUGGUGCCGUUGUGGAGGUAGAAGUCAUUGCUGCAACACAGAAAGCUGCGGCUUGCCUGCCACGAACAAGCACUUGGUUCUCGUCUCGCCACAUUCCAUUGGCGGUGCCCAACUCGGGACAAUCAUCAGCUUGGGAUACUGGCCAUGACUUUUUCCACAAGCCCUCUGGCGAGUUGCCAGAAGUGGAGAUUGGGGCGAAUUUGUGCACGCUUGGAUUCGGGUCCGCAGGCUUUGGUACGGUCACUGCUCGGGUCCACAGCGAUGGCUUGAAACGAUCUGAGAGCCCUGAUUUGGACACCGAGCAGGUUUUGCUUGACAUGAUUGGAUGUCUCGAGAACGCACUGUCUGCCGAGAGCGAAGGAGUAUCCGUGGGACCGAGCCUCUCCGAUAUGCUACACGUUCGCCUAUUCUAUCUCGGUGCUACUAUUGACAAUGGCAAAGACGGUCAGCGUUCACCAGAAGACGACGGUAUCCUCCUGCGAUCUUCGCUUCAAUCCGCCUUCGCUUCCAAGCUCGAUUCGUCCAUAAAACCUGCGUUCAGCGUCGUCCCUGUUCAAGCCAUACACCUGAUCCAGCUUGCCGACGACGAGACUACAACUACGGCUACUGCCGAAACGGUGGCAAACACAGACAUAAUCUUGGCAAUACAGGUUCUUCUACUGAAUCCAGUUUCCCUUGAAAGUGAUCUUUGGAUCCACCACGGCAAAUAAUACGAAUAGGUGAAUCUUUGGGUUGCACAUCCAAGCCAUAGCACGUUCGUCAGUGGCACUCCAUCCUGAAAUUGAGAUGCCAACAGCAAGAGUGAUCUUUGGAUCCACCACAGCACUUGAUACCAAUACUUGAAUAGGUGAAUCUGUUUUUGCAUCCAAGCGAAUGCCUACUCAGGCUCAGUCCUCGUAGCAAGAUGUGCAACAAUUGCAUUGGACCCGAGGAUCAUCCCCAGCGCAGUCGGAGCUCAACUCGGUAAUAUACUGCAGCGAACAAAGUGCUGGUGGCAGCAAGCCCAAGAAUCGAUUGCCGUGCAAAGUAACACUCCUCAACUCAAUGAGACUCGAAAGAGAGCUGGGAAUAGAACCUCCCAUCGUAUUGUUGUUGAGAAACAGAGUCUGUAGCUUUGUCAGCGCGGAGAGGUCUGGAAUUGGACCAGACAGUAGGUUUUCCUGUGCUCGAAAAUGCUCUAAGGACAUCAUUUCUCUCAUCGUUUCGGGCAAGAAAUCUUCCAACCGAUUUCCGAAAAGAUACAUACUCUCCAGCUGUGUCAGUGAUCCAAUUGUGUCAGGCAGCUUCCCAGUCAGCUGGUUCCCAUCCAUGUACAGAACGGCUACGAGGAAAGGGUGAUGUGAGGUUUGGGGUCAGAGCAUCGUGGUCUAUACAUCAAAGUCAAAAGCGACUCACUCAGUAAGGGACAUGCUCCAAUGGAGUCCGGAAUUGUUCCAGUGAAUCGAUUUGCGUAAAGUUGUAGGUCGCCUGGGGACAAGGGAGGGGAGUGUCAAUAACAAUCUGAAUACUUUUUCGUUUUCACACGAAAAACCAGAUACAUACGGAGAAAAGAGAAGGAUCCAAGGGAUGGGAGGGGUCCUGAAAGGGCAUUGUUGUCAAGGUACAGGAUCUCUGCAAUGAAAAGAAUCACAACCUGAACCUGUUAGCUGUGCCACUUUCCCCACUUCGCUUGAUCCCCACCCAACACGAUUGACCAGUGCGAUCACUUACGGAGCUUUUCAAGGUUUUCAAUUCCUGUUGGCAGUUUACCAGUCAGCUGAAUGCGGGCACGGCUUCCAUUAGCAGGCUCCAUGGAAAUUUGACGCAGACCCUUUCCUUCGCGUACUCCUUCUUGUACUCACCUGAUUCCGCCGCAAACGCAGGUCGGCCAUGGUAGUGAGCUGCCCGAUUGAUGCAGGGAUUGUUGAUGUAAGCUUGUUGCCAUCCAGGUAGAGUACCUCUAGUCCUUCGAUUUCGUCGGGAAUAGAACCAGUGAGUUCAUUGUUGUGUAGCCCCAAUCCCUCUGAGAAUCAAUCGAGGGCGUCAAAGCAAUGCGAUGUGAGAUCGCGAGCACUGCAGAGACGACAUGGCCCCCUGAGUCUUACGUAUUUGGGUCAAGCUUCCAAUCGCCGCAGGAAUCCGGCCCGUCAGCAUGCAGUCGUUGACGUAAAAAUGUGUCAAGUGAGGAAGCUGGUACAACUCCUCUGGGAUGGUUGACUCGAAAUCGUUUGGUCCUAGAUAAAGCUGGUCUACAUUCCAUCGGGAUUGGAUGUGAGUCAGGAAGAAGUAAGGACGGCGAAAGAAGGUUGAUAUCUCAACUCACUCAGAUUCUUGAGGCCUGCUAGUGCUUCGGGGAUUGUUCCUCCAAUAUCAUUGUCCGAAACAUCCAGUUCUCGAAUCUCAAGCUCUAGGAGACCAAGCUCGUCAGGAAGAGUCCCUUCUAACCCAUUCGAGGACAGGUUCAGACUCUUCACCAAACCCCUGGAGGCGCUGCCAAACUCGUCCUCGUCAAGGCAAUCGACGCCGUACCAGUUGCAAACAGGCGAAGCGGACAGCCAGAAUGCUGUGUCGUCCCAAGAUGAAUAGACGAUUGAUUCGCCCCACAAAGUGCUGUUGUGUGUGCUGAAGAACACAGUUGCAAGCACAUAUCUAGUCCGGAUAGUCUCCACUGAAACUGUCUUGUAGUUUUUGAGCAGCAUCCCAUCCUCGUACGAAAGCCAAUGCAGAGCACGACCCGACGCACUAGACACAUCUUCCAACGUUUCUCGUGGUGUGCCCCAAUCUAGGAUCAGAUUGAAGAAGUGGUUGAAGCGCUCAAGACCGGCAGCACUAGCGACACCGUCGUUGGGGGUUUGGUCGUCAAUCACCUCGAUAUCCUGAUCUCGUGUUUGCGUUUGUUCCGCUUCCUCCUCACCAACGUCGACUCCAAGGGAAAAACUCAAGAUAAUCACCAGGAGGACAAUUGCAACCACGGCCGUCGUAACCUUGUUGUUCCUCCACCAUUGGCUUCGAGUUGGACGAUCAGAGUAAGGGGACUCGACACUCUUGCGUUGUGCCAAGGGCACGCCAGACAAAGCAUCAGCAGCCGCAGCCGCCAUCAUUAAAUUUUCGUCUGCUUCCAAUGGCAUCUGGAAUGUCACGGUGUGGUCGCUGUCGGCAAUGGUGUCCAAGAUAUUCAUGUGUCUCUCUCGCUGACGAGGAAAGGCAAAAAUAUAACGCGUCGCUCAUGCUGCCGAGCGGCAUUUUCGAACGUAUUCAGCAUUGUCGUCGAACAGAUUCUUGUUAAGCGAUACAGUCCUUCGGUUGGUUGGUUCUUGUGAUCAACGAAAUGGGCUUGAUUCGAUGUGGCCUCUUCGCUUUCGAACAGCUCGAAGUCGGAAAUCUUCCAACGUGGAGUGAGUCUCCCACUUCCGCACUAACUCAAGUCUUGCACGCUACGUGUAACCAAGCAAAGUGUUCGCCGGCACCAUACGGAUUGAAUCAUUCAUACAGCGUGCAAUGUAGAUGAAUGCCAAAUAGUACUGCUGGGAACCUAGUUGAGCCUACAGACUAACAAAUCGUGGGAUUGGACUGUUGAGAACCACAUGUUGAGAGGACUGCGCUUCACCGUUUCGCUCGUGGUCACUCUGUACAAACGGCCGGUGGAGGUAGCGGUAGGUACCGUACCGUACCGUGCCGGUACGAUAGGGGUGCGAACAUUCCGGUUUCGAUAUCGUUCCGCUACGGUACAUGUACCGUCGUUGUCACAUGGAACAAAACUCAAGAAAGACAUCUUGUACGGUUACAUAGCUACCGUAGCUAAAAGAGUCCACCAAAACGCAUGAUGAACAGCAAGGUCCUGAAAUGGGACUACUAGUAGUUUCACGCUUUUGGGUUAGUUUCACCCUUUUUGUUAGUUUCACCGAAAAUGGACCACGUUUCCUUGAAACUAACCCAAAAGCGUGAAACUAAGGGGGUGGGCGAAUCUUGCUAUAGCGCGGUAGUGUACUCAACAGGAGUGGCGAAUGUAAGAAAAAGGAGCAAAAAUAGAUUUUUGCAGGAAACAAGAAUCAAUUGGAUUAGAUUGCAUUGGAUUAGAUUGAAUUGGAUUGAAUUGGAUUCAGAAUAGUACUGU